CGCCACGCCCUUUUCGGCUAUUUGCACUGAAAACACAACAAAAUCGUGGUUGAAUGACAGCGCGAUUUGGGAAUUCUACAAAGAAUUUGUGAAAAGAGAUAAUUUUCCAGCUCAAAAAUGAGUUCUAUUGGAACUGGAUACGAUCUUUCAGCAUCUCAGUUCUCGCCUGACGGCCGAGUUUUUCAAGUGGAAUACGCUCAAAAGGCAGUCGAAAACAGCGGAACUGCCAUUGGUCUGAAAGGAAAAGAUGGGGUUGUUUUCGCUGUUGAAAAGUUAGUUCAGUCCAAACUCUAUGAAUUUGGAGCCAACAGACGCCUCUUCACUGUUGACACCCAUGUCGGAAUGUCAGUCGCUGGACUUCUUGCUGAUGCCAAGCAGAUCGUCGAAACUGCCAGGUCUGAGUGUGCUGAUUAUAGGAGCCAGUACGGCAGCAACAUCCCUCUGAAGUACUUGAAUGACCGUGUCUCCAUGUUCAUGCACGCUUACACACUGUACAGCGCUGUGAGGCCUUUCGGCUGCAGUGCCAUCAUCGGUUCAUAUGACCAAGUCGAUGGCCCAGCCAUGUACGUCAUUGAUCCUUCUGGAGUCUCACAUGGCUACUUUGGAUGUGCAAUUGGAAAGGCAAAGCAAUCUGCAAAAACCGAGAUGGAAAAGCUGAAAUUGUCUGACCUUAGCUGCAGAGAACUUGUGAAGGAGGCAGCCAGAAUAAUCUAUCUUGUCCAUGAUGAGCUGAAGGACAAAGCUUUUGAGUUGGAAUUGAGCUGGGUUGGUGAAGCAACCGGGGGAAGGCACGAAAAGGUGCCCAAGGAGUUGUUCCAGGAGGCCGAGCGGUACGCCAAUUCGUCUCUCCAGGACGACUCGGAAUCUGACACUGAGGAUGCUUGAAAUUUUUCUCCAAAUUAAACAGCUGUAUUUUUCAUUUAAUUUUAAAUAAAGCCCAAUAUCAAUUAAACUUUUAAAUAGCUAAUUGUUGCAACACAA